CUGAGCACGAAAAUGACAGAAAGCUAAGCACAAAUUGAAUAACAAUAACAAUUACAUUUCUAUACAUAAUCACACAAAUUAAUGGCGCUGCGCAGCAUUAACAAGUUGGAGUUGUUUUUAAAGCGUUGCAGUGCACCCACGUUGUACUAUUGCAGUUGUAGGUCCGGGCAUACCAGUUUGGGCAACAGCGAGGACAAAAGCAACAGCAACAACAACAGCGAUAACAACAACUACAACAAGAAGAAGGACGGUAACAACAAUGAUUACGGCAGAUUCAGUUGGCGUAGCGCUUUUCGCUUCUUUGUGCCUUUCUCGCUUGGAGCGCUGGCCAGCACGAUGGUGACACAGCGCGAGGAGCUGACACCGACGAUAUCGGCUCGCUCGUUGAGCGGACGCCGGCGUGAGUUCAAUUUCAUUGCGGAUGUGGUUGCCGGCUGCGCAGACUCUGUGGUGUACAUUGAGAUUAAGGAUACCCGCCAUUUCGACUAUUUCAGUGGGCAGCCGAUCACGGCUUCGAAUGGAUCUGGCUUUGUGAUUGAACAGAAUGGCCUGAUCUUGACGAAUGCCCAUGUGGUCAUCAAUAAGCCAAAUACCAUGGUGCAGGUGCGUCUCUCUGAUGGCCGUACAUUCCCCGCCACCAUCGAGGAUGUGGAUCAGACAUCGGAUCUGGCCACACUGCGUAUUCAAGUGACCAACCUGCCCGUCAUGAAGCUGGGCAAGAGCAGCACUCUCCGCUCCGGCGAAUGGGUGGUCGCCCUUGGCAGUCCCUUGGCGCUGAGCAACACGGUGACGGCGGGCGUCAUUAGCUCCACGCAACGUGCCUCCCAGGAGCUGGGACUGCGCAACAGAGAUAUCAACUACCUGCAAACAGAUGCGGCCAUCACAUUUGGCAACUCCGGUGGACCACUGGUGAAUCUGGACGGCGAGGCGAUCGGCGUCAACUCCAUGAAGGUCACGGCUGGAAUUAGCUUUGCCAUACCCAUUGACUAUGUGAAAGUGUUCCUGGAGCGGGCGGCCGAGCGUCGCAAGAAGGGAUCGGCCUACAAGACUGGAUAUCCGGUGAAACGGUACAUGGGCAUUACGAUGCUGACUCUAACUCCCGACAUUCUCUUCGAGUUGAAAUCUCGAAGCCAGAACAUGCCCAACAAUCUCACCCACGGCGUCCUCGUCUGGAAGGUGAUUGUUGGCUCCCCGGCGCACAGUGGCGGUCUACAACCCGGCGACAUUGUGACGCACAUUAACAAGAAGGAGAUCAAGAACUCUUCGGAUGUCUACGAUGCUCUGGCGGAUGGCAAUAAGGAAUUAGAUAUUGUCAUUCUACGGGGUAUUAAGCAACUGCGUGUGACUAUUACACCGGAAGAUCCCUGAUUCCUCAUCCCUAAUCAAUUGCCAAAUUCAUAUUACGCUGUCAAAUUUGGUUUAAUGCUUUUGCACAAUCUGUAAAAAUGUUUAUGAUUUUUGCAAUAUAAAAAGGAACGACAAUGCAGCCGCUAAUUAGCUCACUGUCACAUAGCUUCCAGCAAUUGUCCGUCAAGCUGCGCACGUUGACGUCAAUUUAAAAAAACCAAAAAAAAAAAACAUCUACAAAAUAAGAAGCCAUUUUACAUCUUGAUUUAAAAUUACGGCAUAUGCACAAAACUAUAAAGUAUUUCUGAUUUAUGAUAAAAAAAAAGAAAAUUAAAUGUUAUUGUUAUAACAAUUAACAGA